AUGUCCGCUACAACUGGCUCCAUCGCCCAACUAAUGCGUCAAACAACAAACUCUGAUGCGACGACUUCGAUGGAAAUAAAAUUAUGUGCGUUUAUUACCCAGCAUAACUUGCCAUUGUCAAUCACGGAAGACAUAGUCGAACUACUUCGAUCUCUUUUUCCAAAUGAUGCUGCGUUAAGUUAUUUAAAACUUGGAAAGCAGAAGGCCACGAACAUCGUGCGCCAAGUGCUCGGUUUUGAUUACCUCAAGGAAAUGGUGGCAUUGUUGCGAUCACGAAAGUUUAGUGUAAUCAUCGAUGAAGCAACGGACAAAAGUGUCAAAAAGCAACUGGUCAUCAUUGCUACGUUUUUUGACAUUGAGAAGUUCGAGGUUCAGUACUGGUUGGCAGAUAUGAUCGAAACUGAAGAUGGUAGUGCAACUGGGAUCUAUGCAACUAUGAAAGAAGCCUUUCUACAGCACAACAUUCCUAUGAGAAACAUCAUAGGUUACUCAUCCGGUACCACAAAUGUGAUGUUUGGACAGUAUAACUCCGUUUCGCAGUUACUCAAAUCAGAGUUUAGCUACGUCCAACUCGUGAAGGGUUCAUGUCACCUUAUCCAUCUCGUAUCAUCUCAUACUGCAUUAAAACUACCCAAAGGUGUGGACGAUUUAUGCAGAGAUGUAUAUGCGCAUUUCAGUCGAUCUUCUAAAAGGCAAGACGUGUAUAAAGAGUUCCAGGCCUUUUUUAAUGCCCAACCGCUCAAGAUUCUAUCACCCGCGCAGACACGGUGGCUUUCUUUACAAGAGUGCGUAAACCGACUACUUGAACAGUUCGAGGCGUUGAUCGACCCGCUAUUACACCUUGACUGCCAACGAAGACCCAUCACACCCAAACGAUCGCAUUUUGGCAUCAUUACAGAAUCGUUUUACCCAGGCGUAUCUGGAGUUCUUAAGCUAUCAACUCGAGCGUCUUAA